AAUUGUUCGAAAUUUGUAAAGGCGUCUUUAAUCUUCUGUUUUCGCGAUCUUCGUUGACAUUGAGCUGCUCUUCGAAAUGGACGUUAUCAUGAUGUGUCUUUCGCUGCUACAGCUUCUUGCCUUUCCAAUGGGUACCCUUUCAUUUUCCGAAGUCUACAAGAAAUAUAGUGGAAGUGCAGCCAUGACGGGCAAUUCUUUGAAUUUGACAACCGCACCAUCGGUCAUCCAAUGUCUGAGGCUGUGUAACGGCUAUGAGCACAUGUCCAUCAAAGUGUGUGACGCGGCUCGAUACAACGAGGGUACCGGCAAUUGUGAACUGAUGACACGCAAGAGCACGGGAGGUGUGCAAUGGAAGUUCGACGACCAAUGGAAGGUCUUCGUAAGCAAGUGUGAAGUGAGUUGGACCAUGUUCGACGUAUCCUGUUAUCAGCUAGUUCGUAUCCAGAAAAACUGGGACGCUGCGAAGUACGCAUGCGAUCAGGUUAACGCAUCGCUUGCUUCUAUAACGAGUAAGGAGGAAGACGACUUCAUCAACGCAAUGCUUAAUGGAAUAAGUGGGAUAAUCUAUAUAGGAGCUAACCAAAGGGAUAUAAUAGGACACUGGAAAUGGGAGUCACGUGAGGUUUGGGCUUAUGAACAUUUUGCUGCGGGACAGACGGAUGGAGGCACGAGGGAAGGUGUCCUUGGAAUUGAAUAUAACGAUGGAUGGCAUGACGUGUUUGGCAGCGGAACAUAUCUGUUUUAUCUAUGUGAAAAGGGGAUAUGGAUUUGAAUAUCCUUCAUGUUACGCUUUUUACAUUUAAAAGCUAUUAUUUUUCAUUAGAUGCAAAUAAACCAUUCUGGAUUCUUAUUUAAUGAGAGAUACUUUUAAUCUAUUUACGUAAUAUCGUAAGUGAGCUGUAUUUGACUAACAGUAAGAGAAAGCACGAGCUUAAGAGAUUAUUCUAUAUAAUUGGUAUUUUUAAACAAAAUAUAUUUUUUUUAUAUUCAGAUUUAGUAGUUAUAUAAAUUAACACCUGCUUGGUCUCACAUAAUAAUAUUGCAUAUUGUAUUUUUUCUGAUGUCAAAAAACUAAUUUAAAGUGAUAUUCAUCUUUUUAAUCAUGAUAAUUACAAAACAUGCAAUAACGCUCAUUUCUAUGAAUAUUAGAUGUACAUGUAUAUAUACCAUUAUUCUUUUAUCAUGAUUCCUUUGUAUAUAUAACAGUUGACAUACAUUGUUCUAGAAAACCUGUAUUCUUCCAAGACUUUAUAUACUUCUCUAAAUGCUUGUUAAACGCUAUAAUUUUGAUACGCUACACAUAUGCCUACAUAUAUUUUUGCUGUUUUUGCUCUUUUUUUGGCGUAUUCUGAUGGUGCGUGGAGACAAUAUAUCCUUAGAAAAUAUACAUAGUUAAUAGGUUUAUGGAACAACUUAGUAAAAACGGCAAGUGUAUUUACCGCCAAAACUCUGCACAGAGAUAUGAGACCCAGAUUUAUUUAAACUAGUGUUGCGGUAAAAUGACAAACUAUGUCGUCUGAACAAUAUUGCAAUUAAAAUUAAGAAUAUUGAAGGUAUUGAGCUACAGUAGCCAUCUUGAUACUUUUAAGAUUUAUAUUGCCGUGUUUGGAACAUGUAUGA